CACAAGACACACUGCUUCGCAAUGGUCUCUCGCUGUGCCCUCGUUCUUCUCCUCUGCCUCUCCACAGCCCUGGCUGCCACACUCAUCCCUCCUGCUUCUGCUGAGGAGCUUCCGUCAGCUCCUGAGGCUGCAACGGCUGAAGAGCCAAACGUGAAUAUAGUUCUAGAAGCUGCUGCCGCUGUAGCAGCCCAAGCUGAUGUUCCGGCAGAGGGAAACCAGGCCGGCGCUGCCGCGAGCGCUACCCAGGAUGAUGAGGAAGACUCAGAGUGGGGCUUGAGCUCCAUCAGAGGCAGCUUUCAAGCCGUCAAUGGGUAUUUUGACUCGCUGCUGGAGCUGAUGGGAGGCCGUGAUGGCGUCUGCCAGUACCGCUGCAGAUACGGUAAAGCUCCUCAAGCUCGUCCAGGCUACCAGAUGCCUGAACCCAACGGCUGCACAUCCUCUUUGCUUGGUUUCCAGGUACCGGAUAGUUUGGACAUGGGCAUCCCAGCCAUGACCAAGUGCUGUAACCAGCUGGACAUAUGCUAUGACACGUGCGGUUCCAACAAGUACCGUUGCGACACCAAGUUCCGUUGGUGCCUCCACAGCAUCUGCGGCGAUCUAAAGAAGAGCUUGGGUUUCAUGUCAAAGGUUGAAGCUUGUGAGGCGUUUGCGGACACCAUGUACAACACGGUAUGGACUCUGGGCUGCAGACCGUUCAUGAACAGCCAGAGGGCAGCAUGUAUCUGUGAGGGAGAGGAGAAAGACGAGCUGUAAGAACUACCACUACUCCUGCCAAGCACAAUGACUCACCAUUACCAAGCGCCUUCAAACUCCACCAAAAAGAGCUCACAAGGACUCCUAAGAGAGACUGCUUGUGCUAAAGACUCAAGUGGCGCAAACAACAAUGAAAUGCUUGACUCCCAGAGUUCUCAUCAUCCCUUUUUAUCAAGUGUAUGUAGCUAUGGGUUUUGAAUUCCAGGUAAUGGUAAACUCCUAAAUGAUAAACUCCUAUGGAGCUGUGGGAGGAGAGCAUUUCCUUUAGUACUCCUAUAGGGCUAAUGUUUUAAGAUUGGUUAAGUUGUUCUGAAUGAGAAAACAAAUUAGACAGAGCUUUCUAAGAGUGGAGUAAUAAUAAUUCCAAAUUGAAGUCGAACAGCACAUUACAUUACGACUGGUUGGAAGUACUUUUUUUUUUUUUUCCCUUCUUCUUCUUUCAAUGUCAGUGUGUACCCCAGAUAAAAUGCAAUAUAUUGGUAAUUUAUUCAAGUGUAGCGCUGCCCAUUAAACUUUUCACCCAUUUAUACAAUCCAAACACUGGUAUCUACAUUGCAAAAGAGUGGUUUCAUUUCACACAGAUUAUAAACAUUGUAAGACACAAGAAUAUCAUUAACAUGAUUCAUCUUCUAACCAUCACUAAGUUAUUUUGAACCUCUUGUUAUUCUGAAUAAAUAUCAGACUUGUGUUGCUCUUCA